GGUGAAGCAAAGUGAAAGUGAUGGCAACAACAGCGAGGCAUGGCGGCGGACCUUUAUGUGCCCAGGAAGGCCACGAGCACGACCACGCGCACGACCACCAUGACGACGAGCUCGACGAGAUGGAUCUGGCAUUUGACCCGACGUUGGCCUCGUGCUGUGAGCGUGACGAACAUGAGUACAAGAAGGCCAUGAAGCUGAAGGCUGUGCUAACUGCGCACGACCCCACUUCCGGCGCCGUGCGGAUGCGCCAGCAGCUGUUCCAGCCGCCGGCGACUGCCCCACCGUACUCUUCGGUGGUCGCUCCUCAAGUUUCACAGCCAAAGCAGUCGCGAGUAUCCGAUUCAGAGUCGGAAUCCGACGACUUCGACGAUAGUGACGAUGAGUUCGGCAUGGAAGCCAUGUUGGCCGCUCGUCGCAAGCAACUCGAGCAGCAAUUCCAAAAGGCCGCACAGGAUGCUGCUGAUGGCUACGGAAUAGUGCUGGAUAUAGCGUUAUCACAGCUCGUCCUGGAGCUGCAGAACGAACCGGAGGUACCGCGGGUAGCGCUUGUGGUGGACAACGCAGCCGAAGCUCAAGAGUUCUUGCGAGCCAUGCGCGGCGAGAUAGCCGCGGUAGCACAGCGAUUUCUUGGAACAAAGUUCUACGUAGCAGUGGCAACGCGCGACGAAGACACGUUGCGACAAAUGCGCUUGGCCUCGGUGCCGGCCUUGGCAGCGUUUCGCCGCGGCGAGCGCGUGGACUCCAUCACGCUUGACUCGAAGGCAUUGGUCACGGAGCUGGAGGUUCUGUGGGAGGCGCGUUUCUUGCCGUGGCUGACAAAGUGUAACGUAUUGACCAGCGAACGUCAAUCUUCUCAGAACAAUCAUAGUAAGUCACGCAGGAAGGAACCUGCGGACGAGGAGGAAAGAGAACGCGAAGGAUUCGAUUGCGGCGUCGAGGGCUGCCGUCUGCGAUUCGGCUACGAACACGAACACGUCGGGACUUCACAACAAACAAAGGACGAGAUCGCAGCGUGGCGCCAGAGCUCCACCUAACUUUUAAGGAAAGAGUACCAGCUUCAGAAAUUAUCAAUUAAGUGUGCUCUUCGAUGCGUUGUAGCUCUCGGUUGGUAUUAUCAAC